CAUUUAGACACAACUCGGAGCCCCCACCCCUCGUUCAGCAGCUGGGUUUCCUGACUCAGGCCGGGCCUCUGCCUUCUCCUUGGCCCGCCCUGCAGCUCCGGCUCCCCAUGGCCUUCGCCACCCGCCACCUCGUGCGCUCUGCGUCCACCGCGGCCGCCAAGAAGCUGGUGGUGCAGCAUGUGACGGUGAUCGGAGGCGGCCUCAUGGGCGCCGGGAUUGCCCAGGUUGCUGCAGCAACCGGCCACACUGUAAUAUUGGUGGAUCAAACUGAUGAAAUAUUAAGUAAAUCCAAGAAAGGAAUUGAGCAAAGUCUGAAAAAGCUGGCAAAGAAGAAGUUUGCAGACAAACCUGAGGAAGGGGCUCAAUACAUUGAGAAGGUCUUAAAGAACCUGACAACAAGCACCGAUCCAGUCUCCGUAGUACACAGCACCGACCUUGUUGUGGAGGCAAUUGUGGAAAACAUAGCGGUGAAAAAUGAGCUUUUCAAGACGCUGGAUAAGUUUGCACCAGAACAUACGAUAUUUACUAGUAAUACUUCAUCCUUGCCAAUUACAGCCAUGGCCAAUGCUACUACUAGGCAGGACCGAUUUGGGGGCCUACACUUUUUCAAUCCUGUGCCUUUGAUGAAACUUGUUGAGGUUGUUAAGACACCAAUGACCAGCCAGAAGACUUUUGAAUCUCUCGUGGAUUUUACCAAAGCAGUGGGGAAAAACCCUGUGUCUUGUAAGGACACUCCUGGCUUUAUUGUCAAUAGACUCCUUGUACCCUACCUAAUGGAAGCUGUUCGGCUUUUUGAGAGGGGAGAUGCGUCAAAAGAAGAUAUUGAUGUUGCCAUGAAGUUGGGGGCAAGCUAUCCCAUGGGUCCAUUUGAACUUUUGGACUAUGUUGGCUUGGAUACCAGUAAAUUCAUUAUGGAUGGGUGGCAUUCGUUAGAGCCCGACAAUCCUCUCUAUGCUCCAAGUGCGCUGCUGGAUAAACUAGUGGAAGAGAAGAAACUGGGAAGGAAAACAGGAGAAGGAUUUUACAAAUACCAAUGAAUCCCAUGAAGUGCAGAAUGUGCCAGGCUGACCCAGGGAAGGGAUAACCACGUCCCACUUUCUGUGUACUUGGAAUGCCGCUUAAUCAUGACCUUUAAAAAAGACAACACUAUCUAAUCUAUGCUGUGCGUUUUGUAUUGUACUGUCUGAAUCAAUUAUUUUUCUUGGAUAAUUUGUUUCCUGGAAAUUUGAGCUUUGUAUGCCAAUGUGCCUUUUUUCAUAAGUGACCUUUAUUCAGGUCCAAGAUAUUGUUUCAAACAGAGUUCAUGAUUUUGUAACAACCUGUUGAAUUGGGGCGGAAAAAUCCCAAAAUCUCAAUGCAAAUAAAGUAAGACACAGACCAUCUGGA